AAUACAAUUCCAAACACUUGCCUUGUUGAUCAAACAAACAAAGAGCGAGCUAGAGAGAAGUAAUGAUGACACCAGAAAUGGUGAAGAGGUCACCUUCACUCGAACAAUUUUUCAGACUUCAAUUUGCCAUACGACUUCUGGCUUUCGUGGUGUUUCUGGGUUGGAUCGUCCUCUGGAUAAUGAAGCCCACCAACACCUUCUAUUUAAAAUGGGCUCCCAAGGUCUCGUCAGAGACUAGAUCUACCUACUUCGGCUCGCAAGGUGCGUAUCUUUUAAUUUUUUGUUUUCCUGUGUUAUUCAUAGCCGUCUUGGGCAGUGUGUAUGUCCAUAUAGCCAGAAAAUUAGCAAAUGACAGCAUCAACAUGAAAAGCAGCACCAAUGGAGGAAAAUACAAGAUCAUAUGGAAACGUCCAAUGCUGGUGAAAGGCCCUCUGGGAAUUGUGUCCACAGUAGAGCUGGCCUUCUUUGUUAUGUUCAUAGCCCUCCUCGUUUGGUCCCUUUCUGAGUAUUUGAUCAACGGUUUCUCCCAAAUCACCAAGGCAUCAGCAGCAAAGUCCGGCGACAAAGUAUGGCAAGAGGAAUUGGAAAGUGCAGCUCUGAGGAUUGGAUUAGUGGGGAACAUAUUCCUGGCGUUUCUGUUCUUUCCGGUGGCACGUGGCUCCUCCGUCCUGCCACUGCUCGGCCUCACGUCUGAGAGUUGCAUCAAAUAUCACAUAUGGCUUGGCCACAUGACCAUGACUCUCUUCACUCUUCAUGGUGCCCUUUACGUCAUCUACUGGGCAACCACCCAUCAACUUUCUGAGAUGCUGAAAUGGGACAAGAUUGGGGUAUCAAAUUUGGCAGGAGAGAUAUCUCUGGUUGGUGGGUUGGUGCUGUGGAUUGUGACUCUGCCUCGUAUAAGAAGAAAAGCUUUCGAGGUGUUCUUCUACACUCACUAUCUCUACAUCGUCUUCGUUGUCUUCUUCGUCUUCCAUGUGGGCAUGAAUACUACUUUUAUUGUGCUGCCUGGUUUCUACCUCUUCUUGCUCGAUCGUUUCCUCAGAUUUCUUCAGUCACGACGCCAUGUUCGCUUGCUUUCUGCUCGUCUCUUGCCUUGUGACUCCCUAGAACUCAACUUGUCCAAGACCCACGGGUUGACUUAUAAUCCCACGAGUGUUAUAUUCAUUAAUGUACCGAGCAUAUCUCACCUGCAAUGGCAUCCAUUUACUGUUACUUCGAAUAGUAACUUGGAGCCUGAGAAGCUCAGUGUUGUGAUCAAAAGCGAAGGAAGUUGGUCCCAGAAGUUAUACCAAAUGCUGUCGUCUUCUUCAAUAGAUCGUCUCAAUGUUUCCGUUGAAGGCCCUUAUGGACCUGCCUCAACCAAUUAUCUCAGAUAUGACAGCCUUGUGAUGGUUAGUGGAGGCAGUGGGAUCACCCCUUUCAUCUCUAUCAUCCGCGAGCUAAUGUAUCAGAGCACAACAUUCAAAUCCACAGCCCCAACAGUUGUGCUCAUUUGUGCAUUCAAGAACUCUUCAUCUCUCUCAAUGCUAGACCUGAUCCUUCCCUUAUCCGGCACCCACUCUGAUAUUUCCAACAUUCACCUGAAAAUAGAUGCUUUUAUCACGAGAGAGAAAGAACGUAAACCAGAUAACCCUAAUCAUCAGCCUCUUCGAGCCAUAUGGUUCAAGCCACAUCCAUCUGAUUCACCCAUGUCUGCUGUAUUGGGUCCGAACCACUGGCUCUGGCUCGCUGCUAUUAUCUCAUCCUCUUUCGUGCUGUACCUUGUCAUUAUUGGGAUCAUAGACCGUUAUUGCAUUUAUCCUAUUGAUCAUAACACGAACAAGAAAUUCUCAUACCCUUUGAAGUCAUUCCUGAACAUGUUGGUGAUAUGUUUGGCUAUAAGCGUAACUGCUAGCGCAGCAUUUCUUUGGAACAAGAAGCAGAAUGGUAAAGAAGCCACGAAGAUCCAGAACAUGGAAGGGACAACGCCAACUGUGUCACCAGCUUCGAUGACUUUCAAUGCAGAUAGAGAGUUGGAAAGCCUUCCUCAUCAGUCUGUCGUUGAAGCUACUAAUGUCCACUACGGUGAAAGACCUGACCUCAAAAGUAAGUUGUUCAUCUUCUGUUGGGUCUACUUGGGUAUCUGUUUGUCAUUGAAAUUGAAAGAUCACCGAACUGUUUUGUUGAUGCAUGCAGGAAGAAUUCUAGAACACAAAGAUAAGUCAAGCGUGGGAGUUCUUGUUUCAGGUCCGAGGAAGAUGAGGCAAGAGGUUGCAGCAAUUUGCUCUUCUGGUUCGGCGAAGAAUCUUCAUUUUGAGUCCAUUAGCUUUAGUUGGUGAUUCUAUAAGUACAAUUUGCUCUUCUGGUUCAGCAAAGAAUCUUCAUUAUAGCUGCUGUAGAUCUUAGCUUACCCAAUAAGCGGACAUACAUAAGGACCCUGUUGCUUUCAUUUGAUAUGAAGCGGGUCUAAAUAAUUACACUACAGCUUUUUGUUAUCUUGAAACAAUUUAAAAGUGUUGCUACAAGCUUGAAAAAUAUUUCAAAUUUUCUUAA